AUGGCUACAGCAUCCCGGAGAGUCGCACCGCCAGCUUCUGGACAGCGUCAGUCGUUCAAGCAGGGUUUCUCUGCCGCUUUCCAAUACACCGAACCUAGUCGCAACUCUCAGCAUGCCUCCUCCCACGGUCCUCAUCAUCGGACUGCGUCUCAGUCCUCCGUCCCGCAGCUUUUCGACCAAGUCUCUCCUCGUCGGCGGGCCGCUCAACUCACUGGCAUGAACGGGUAUAAUGCCAGCCCGGACCUUCCCCCGCCUCUUUACGUUCGCGCCUUGUACGACUACGAUGCGGAUGAUCAAACAAGUCUUUCCUUUCGUCAGGGCGAGAUAAUUCAAGUCCUGACGCAACUGGAGAGUGGAUGGUGGGACGGUGUGAUAAACGAUGUUCGCGGAUGGUUCCCUUCGAAUUAUUGUACCGAAUUGUCCCCCGAAGAUCUUGACGCUGGCUUCACCCGGUUUGAAGAUAGUGAGCAAAGUGCCGAGUCGGGAACAGAGGAAGAGUAUGAAGAAGGCGAGGAUUCCGAGCAUGACACUACCGACGACUCGGACUUGCCUAUCGAGGGGACGGGCGACUACAACCAGGAAGAGGCGGCUUUCUGGGUCCCACAGGCCACCCCUGAUGGUAGGCUGUUCUACUUUAACACCUUGACCGGUGUCAGUACAAUGGAACUGCCUCUCGAGACACCAACUGGACCGAACGAAACGGGACCUCGCGAUCGGAACAACUUCUACAUUCCAGACCAAACGAGGCCUCCUGCUGAGAUGAUGGCUGGUGGCUAUGAGAGGCGAGAAGACGACUACGAUGCAUCUGCCUCUGAUGCUGACGGGGAGCAUUCUUUUCGCGGACAAAGCCGCAAGGCUGCUAACUCAAUCUCAACUACGACAUCGAUGGCAUCAACGAAAGUCGAUUCUGUUGCAGGAAGAAGGUUGCAUAACCGAGUUGCGCAUGACAAGAACUCUAUGAGAUCGUUUUCAAAUCCAAUGUCUGGUCAUCGUGACACUGCGGGGGCCAAGUUCGCCACCCCGAGGUACUUCUCUGACGAUGGAUUUGGACCGACCAUCACUUGGGACGUGCUCGUGGAAAAUAUGCAGUCAUCUGUUGAAGCCUACCGGCAAGCUAUUCAUGAACGCGAGCGUGCAGAAUUUGUGAGGCGGGCCGAAGAUAUCUCUGAUCAUCUGCGCCUACUGCUUGCUGCAGGUUCCGGCACCACCGACAAUCACUCGGGCAAUCCAUCGAUCAUUUCGACCAACAAAGCCCUGUAUCCUCAUUUUCGGGAGAUGAUGUCGAAGUUCUCCAAAUUGGUUCUGUCCUCGCACAUGGCGGCUGCCGACUGGUUUGGUCAGGAUAACUUCGCGAAAUGCUUACAAGAGGCCGAGGGAGUCUUACAUGGUGUCUACGGCUAUGUCGAAGUUGCGAGGCAGCAGCGCGGAGAGGAACUGCCCCGGCUCCAACCAGGGUUUGUUGCCGGGAGUAAGAUUGGUGGCAAUUGGCGGGACAACAACAUCGAUCACCAAGACAGCGUCGAAGGGACCUCGUUCAUCGAUGAAAGUACUGAUCUGUAUCCGCGACCCUCCAAUGUACUGGACGUCAGACUCCUCAGGCAACUUGACGACAAUCGUCGACAUGUGGCAGCAUCGGUGCGCCGUCUGGAAGAACAUCUGCAGCCUGUCGAUAAGACAGUGACCCCAUCACGUCAAGCCAUGAUCGGAGAUAAGAUCUGUCUAGCAGCUGGCAAUGUCCUACACAAUUUCCAGCAGUGGGUGGGCCUGGUGGAAUCGAUCGAUAUGUCGCCUUUGGGAUCCGCCUUCAAGAAUCCGUCACUGGCCGACUUCGGAACGCAGAAGCAAAAGGUGUACGACUCAAUCGGUGAGCUUAUAGUAGCAUGCCAGACUGUGACAGCACCCCUGCCCGAUGAAUGGUCAGAUAUUCGAGGUGACACACUGGAAACCCGUCUGAAGGAUGUCAAGACUGUCUGUAAACAGAUCGAGACACAUGUCUCGAAUGUGGGCUAUGCACUGCAGUUGCUCCUUCCCUCCAAUGCCAACCCCAUGGCUGGUGUCAAGAAAGAUCAUCGCCUGACGGACGGUGGCGAGACUUUCCAGAAUCAUAAUCUGCGCGCGGAACCGAGCCAUGCUGCGAAUAUGCGGCCUGCACUUGGCGACAUGGGCCAGUCUCACUCAUUUAGCCCUGGCCAACCCGAGCCGCCCAAGGUUCGACGUCCAGCAAGCAAAGACAAGGCUGCUCGGUUCUUUGGUCAGGUUCCGACUCCCCUAAUGACCCAGCCUGCACGACCAGAACUUCAAUCACCUCAAGAGGAACCACCCGCUCCAUGGUUUCUGGAGCUUGAGCACUUGGGAGAGAUUACAUAUGAUCAGAAAGCAGAAACCACUCAAGUCAAAGCUGGAACGCUUGUCGGCCUAGUAGAACAGCUGACAAGGCACGAUCGGCCAGAUACCACAUUCAAUACGACAUUCCUGCUUACAUACCGCUCGUUCACUACAGCAGCCGAGUUGUUCGAGCUACUGGUCCAGCGCUUCAACAUCCAGCCGCCGCCAGGUCUGACCCGCGAGGAGUACACUGUCUGGGAGGAUCAAAAGCAGAAGCCGACACGAUUCCGAGUCGUUAACACGCUGAAGACGUGGCUGGAACAGUACUGGGUGGAAAGUCACGACGAUGAUUCGAAGGCGCUGCUUGCGCGUAUGGCAGCUUUUACUACCUCAUCAAUUGGUGGCGGGGCCAAGAUACCUGGUGCGACUCAAAUCUCAACCAUCAUUGAUCAACGUGAAAAGGGCCAGGAAAUCACAUCAGCCAAGAGAAUGGUUCUCACAAUCACUGGAAAUGCACCUCCGUCGAUCCUGCCGAAGAAUAUGAAGAAGCUAAAGCUUUUGGACGUUGAUCCACUUGAGUUUGCCCGACAGCUCACUAUGAUUGAAUCGAAGUUAUAUGGUAAAAUAAAGCCGGUGGAAUGCCUUGACAAGACAUGGACAAAAACGCGAACUGAGAACGGGCCCAAUCCUUCGCCAAAUGUCAAGGCGCUCAUCUUGCAUUCCAAUCAACUGACGAACUGGGUGGCUGAGAUGAUCUUGCAGCACGGCGAUGUGCGAAAGCGGGUCAUGGUCAUCAAACACUUUGUGGGCGUUGCCGAUAAAUGCCGCUCCCUCAACAACUUCUCUUCGAUGACUGCCAUCAUAUCCGCCCUUGGCACAUCCCCGAUCCUUCGACUAGCCCGCACUUGGGCUCAGGUCCAUGCCAAGACAAUGACAGUCCUCGAAUCACUCCGCGAUCUGAUCACAUCGACCAAGAACUUCGCCCAGUAUCGUGAGGCACUACAUAUUGCCAAUCCACCAUGCAUUCCUUUCAUGGGUGUCUAUCUUACCGAUCUGGUCUUCAUCGAAGACGGUAUUCCUUCGGUCAUCAAGAACACUGAACUCAUCAACUUUGCUAAACGCAGUAAGACUGCCGAUGUCAUUCGUGAGAUUCAGCAAUACCAGAAUGUGCCUUAUGCACUCAAAGAAGUGCAUGAAUUACAGACGUGGAUUCUGCAACAGAAGGACACCGCACGGGACGUUGCGGAUAUGUACGAUCGAAGCCUGGAGGUUGAACCUCGAGAGCGCGAAGAAGAGAAGAUUGCGAGAUUGCUCAGCGAGUCCGGCUUCUUGUGA